AUGUGUGACAGAUGCAAAUUCAACUCAUCUAAUAAUCUAGCCAAUAGUAGUAAUCAUGAUGUUGUAAUUUCCUACACAACAAGUAGACCAUUUAACAUAGUUAUAUUUAUUAGAACAUUACGUCAAACUGGCUCGAAUUGCAGCGUUGUAUUUUUUGUAACAGACGAAUUUUUAUCAAAAGUAAGUAACGACACCAAAAAUUACGUUCUCAAGUGUGGAGGUCAAUUCAUAAACUACCAUCAACCAACAUACACCGAAUUAGAAGACGAUUGGUCUGAUCCUUAUAUUCAUAUACAUAAUUUCAUUAGAUUAAAUCUUCACGAACUAAACAGAAUUGUUGUUUGCGACUUGUACGAUACAGUUUUCCAAGGUGAUCCCUUCAAUGCCUACCUUCCCAAAAAUCAAUUACAUUUAGCUGACGAAGGACGCGGUUUUGAUACUAGCAAUCGCGAAUGGAUCUCUAAAUGUGCUCGUUUAUCAAAACGUAAGCUCAAUACAUUAAAUACAAUCUGCGCAGGCUAUUUCGGAGGCGACGCAGUUGUAAUGAAGAGUUUUUUCAGAGCAUUCUUGACGAAUUUCCAGUUUGGAAAGGGUUUAGUUGAUCAAGGUUGCAUAAACGGAAUUUCUGUGAAUAUUUCGAAUGAUAACGUCAAACAUUUGGCAAUGGUUGGUAUUAAGAGAGGCCAGAAGCUUGGAAAUAUCACAGGUAUAAACAGAAAUGAUCUUACAGUUGCAAUUCUCCAUCAAGUUCAUUGGAAUCCGUACUUGUUUAAUCAGUUGGAAGAAAUAUGUCCAAAACCUCCAGGAGAUUUCAGAGAUUACUUAGGAAGAUGUAAGGGAUGCUUUGGUUACUAA